AUGAACCACGUAACAUCUCCCAACGAGCCUUAUCCCAGCCCCGACGCCCUCGCCGCGGCAACAACCUCGCACACGCAGAACAACUUCCGCAUCUCGACCCGCAAGCUCCCCAUCUCCAAAUCCGCCGCCAUUGACGCCCUCGAGGCGAAGCUCGGCAUCCCCGUGCCCGAGAUGAUCUUUGGCGACAACCUCGUCUCUAUCACUCACACGCCCUCCAACUGGACCCUAAACUUCAACACCACCGACGCCCUCGACGCCGUCGACAAGACUGAUAAGCACAUGCUGCGCGUCGCCUACGCCCGCGACUGGGAGAGCACGCGCGAGGAGACGACUCAGAACAUCAAGGAGGUCGUUGAGCCCUAUGACUGGAGUUACUCCACGACAUAUGCUGGCACUGUCGACGGCACUGCCGCCUUUGCGCCUACGGAGAAGCAGAUUCCCAUUGAGCUGCUGAAACGGCGUGAUCCGAUUCUCUUCUUCGACGAGGUCGUUUUGUACGAGAGCGAGCUCGAUGAUAACGGCAUUUCGCUGUACAGCGCUAAGCUGAGAGUUCACGACAAGCGCAUGUUGCUGCUGUGCCGCCUGUUUAUGCGUCUGGACAACGUCUUGGUGCGGUUGCGAGACACGAGGAUCUAUGUGGAUUUCGAGACAGACGAAGUGUUGCGCGAGUACACUGCAAAAGAGUCCAAGUUUGCCGACGUCAAGAAUGCUCUGUGGAGAUCAGGAAGGUUGCCCGAUGAUAUCACCAUCGCUUUACGAGAUCCCAAUGCUCUGGAUCCAUUCCUGGAAGUUGUCGAACAUAAGAUAGAAGCGGUAUCACUAGCAGCGCAGCAUUAA